UCUUCGACAACCACAGGAAUCCGUCAAGAUGGGAUCUCUCCGUACCCAAAAACGAUUGGCCGCCUCCGUCGUGGGCUGCGGAAAGCGCAAGAUUUGGCUCGAUCCCAAUGAGACCAGCGAGAUCUCCAAUGCCAACUCCCGCCAAACCAUCCGAAAGCUUGUCGCAGAUGGCCUCAUUAUCCGAAAGCCCGUCACCAUGCACUCCCGAACUCGCGCCCGUGAGCUCACUGCUGCACGAAGAAUUGGUAGACACCGUGGUUUCGGUAAGAGAAAGGGUACCUCCGAUGCUCGUAUGCCAAGCCAAGUCGUCUGGAUGCGCCGUCUCCGUGUCCUCCGUCGUCUCCUAGUCAAGUACCGUGCCAGCGGCAAGAUCGACAAGCACCUUUAUCACGAACUCUACCACCUCAGCAAGGGUAACACCUUCAAGCACAAGCGAGCAUUGGUUGAGCACAUUCACCGAGCCAAGGCUGAGAAGGCCCGUGAGAGAGUCCUGAAGGAGGAGAUGGACGCCAAGCGUGCGAAGACCAAGGCUGCCCGUGAGAGAAAGCAAGAGAGAGUGGUUGCCAAGCAACGUGCACAAUUCGGUGAGGAAGAGGAAGCUGAGGAGAAGUAGACUGGGAUCGUUUUGUGAUGGCAGCAUACGGGGUGUAUUUGGCAAGGUCUAAAAAUACAGGCCGGUUGCUUUGACUCGUUUUUCUUGCACUAUUCACGGAAAUAGCAUCACGAUUUCGAACCAAGGUCCUUUCAACAAGAAUUUGUGAUAUAUGUAGACUUCAUUUGAGUGUGAGGGAGCUGCAGAAUGUCAUGUUCCGGUACACCCGUCCUUAGUUCAACAUUCGAACGCCACCAUGGGAUUAACAAACAGAGCCUCUAUCACAAACAUGGGCGGAUGGACAAUUCCAGUGGUCUCUACUCGUAUAAUGCUUCGGUG